CUGAACAUUUAAGAGAAAUCGCCAGAAAAGUCCAAGUUGCUGGAGUUAACUGUGUAGCUUUAUUUGAUGGCGACAAAAAUGAAAUAAAAGCAGCGCUAAGUCUGAAAACAAACGCCGGCAUUCCACUUUUGGACUCGUUUUAUUUAAACAUAACAACAAAUUGUACAGACUUUCAAAAACAACGUGGCUAUAUUAUGUCUUCGCUGACGAAUGAGGAAGGGAACUUUUCCAUAGCGUAUUCAGUGAUGGUCUAUAAAGACGCUGAGAUGGUAGAGCGACUUUUACGAGCAAUCUACCGCCCACAGAAUGUUUACUGUAUCCACGUAGAUUACAAAUCUCCAUUAGAAUUUUUCAGAACUAUUUCAGCCAUAGCCAAUUGUUUCCCUAAUGUGCUCAUUGCCAGUACAAGAGUUGACGUGAAGUGGGGAACAUUCACGGUGCUGGAACCGGAGCUAAUAUGCAUGGAGGAAUUGUGGAGGUAUAGAAAAUGGAAAUACCUUAUAAAUUUGACAGGGCAAGAGUUUCCACUGAAAACAAACUACGAACUUGUGAAGAUCCUCACUGCCUACAACGGAUCAGUUGAUGCGGGGAAAAGGGUUGUUUACUUUUUUUUUUAUAUGUUAUCCUGCCUGCUUCCAGUACUUCUUGAAUUUAUAAAUGAUUGCAGGCCGUUUGUUGACUACGUUCUCCACAAUGACACAGCCAAGGAGCUUUUGAACUGGACAAAGCCCACGUUUGUUCCUGAUGAAACUUUCUUCGCUAUGCUCAAUGCAAAUCCUCAACUAGGCAUUAUAGGCACUUAUAAAGGGUUAUUUUUUGGGAAACCCUGUAAUCCCCAGGACGGGGGGCUAAUUGGGUUUCCCAAAAGGAGCGCUCUUUUAGGGUUUUCCCAGUGGGCGCAUUUUAAUUCCUAG